AUGCAAACACCUGCUGUUAAAAAUCUAAUUCAACAAUCAAUCGCAGAACAGCACAAACAGCAAGAUGAAGAAGAAAAAAUUAACGAAAUAGCACAAUCAGCGUCUUUACUAAGACCAAAAUCUUCAUCAUCAGGAGUAGUUCGAGUAACUACCGUUAAAUUAAGUCAUAGAAAGAUCAAUACAGCAGCAACACAAACACCAUCAACAACUCCUAGUGUUCCAAUUCAUAUACUAAUUAACGAUUCUUUGACUAUUGCUGCUAAUAAACGUCCAUUGACACGUGCAAAAAGUUCACCAUUGCAAACAAGUUUUAAAGAACCAACAGUCACUAGAAUAAAAAGACAAUUGUCCACAAAGAAUGAACAGACAUCACUACCACCAGCGCUAAUAGAAAAUGCAGAAAAUAUUAAUGAGUUAGAGUUGGAGAGAACAGUGUCAAAACGAAAGAAAUCAAGUAAACGAAAGAAGACGUCAAAGUCAAACGAUGAGAAUGAAAAUCGUGAUCUGCGAAUAAUGCCACCAUCAGAAAAUGAUAAAUUUUUGAUGAAAGAAUCAAAACAUGAUUUAUUUGUUGAACGAUACUCAAUCACAUCUUUUCACUUGAACAUUAAUGAAAGACCAAAAUCAGCUGCGAAACCAAAAGUACAACGUAUACGACGACGACAAUCAUCAUCAACUAAGAGUGCUACAUGUGUUAGUUAUAGAUACGAUCUUUUCAACAUUGAUAUGUUAUGUGAAAAAACUGUAUCACCUAUCGGUCAUCAACAACAACGUCGUUUUUCAUAUAAGAGAUUCAAAGUCGAUGAAAAACAAAAGAAGAAAAGUAAACGACGUAGAAAAAGAGUAGGCGCAUAUUUAUGUUAUUCUCCAUGUUGUUUUCUAUGUGCAGCAUUAGCUUUGAGUUUACUCUUAGCUGGAUUAGCUGCACUAUUAAUAUUUCUAUUAACAUUAAAACCAAAUACGACUAUGACCACCACUACUGCAACAACUACAACGACGACGACAACCACGACAAGUGAGCAUUUAUCUUAUUACAAACUACUAUUGGUUUCAAAAUACAGUGGAGUCUGUCAUUUUUCGGAUAACCUUUGAGAGAAAUAAGUUCGAAACGGUUUUUAGCUUUUGAAAAUAGACGAUUGAGACUGUAAUUCCAUGGAAAAUUUUGGUAUCCCGAUCCCGAUAAAGUUUACCAUUGGUGUACCUUUGAACGGAAAAAGUUCGAGUUCAUCAUUCGUACAGCUCACAUAGUAAGAUAGGUUAAAAAGUUAUGUGUUAUAUAGACGCAAGUUCUAGUGUUCCAUCUGUCAAAGGUCCGGACGCAGUCUCCGUAAACAUACCUGUGAACCAAACAGCAUGUCUUUGAACCUCAAAAACACUAGUUACAUAGACAGUUGAAUGUACUGAUCAUCGUGGCAAUGUUUAUUAUUUCCCGAAGUUAAAGCAACUUUGGAUGGUGAAGUUUAUAGAAAUCAGGGUUCUAAUGCUUGGAUAGCUAGUCUAAUAAAAAUAUUAUAAAUUCAUUAUUUUAUCAACAAAAAUUCGCUCAACUUUUAGUUUGAAGGCUUCUGGAAAUCUCCUGGCAUUAACAACUGUCAAGUAUAUACAAUUUUGUUAUAAACUUUUUAUUGAAAAAGAAAAAAGAACGAUUGCGCAAGCGGCUUUCGCCAUAUGUGCGCCUUAAAACGUAUAAAAAAGAACGUAUAAUGAGCUUAGAAGGAGAAAGGAAAAAAAGGUAAAG